AUGAAGGCCCCCUGUCUCGCCCAUAUGUCUAUCUGGGGUUCCAUCCUUAAAUGUUGGCCAGAUUAUCGAUCUUCACCAUGCAUCCGUUGCGAGUCUUGGGUUCGGCCGAAUGUCACGUCAUACCUCAGCGAGACGGCCGAGGCGCGACGCGACCAAACUCUUCCACGAAUUUCACUGCCCUCUUUCCUGCGACCCACAGGUACUCAUGCCACCGUAACGAUUCCCUCGGUUGAAAUCCACGACAUCGAAACGUCCGCGGAGAAGCGCCCACGCACGCUCAAACACCUGCUCAAGGCCAACCAUGCAAACUACUCCAUCAUCUACCACAACCUGCGUUUUCACAAUCAUACACCCCAUAUCCUGGGAUCGGCGUAUCUACUUGGAGCAACGGCAGAGCAGUUGAAUGAAAUCUAUGAGAAGGAGGCUGAAGGGUUAGAACCAUGGAGUGAUGCACCGGGGGAGAUUACGACGGCGGAUUGGAGGGAAUAUUUGGGGAGGCGUGAAUAUCAACGCGCAUUCAUUGAUUUUUUCGAGGAUCAGCUUGUUAAUCGCAAGUAUAAUCUCUCGGCUCUGUUGGACCAGUUCUUGCUUGGUGGUAAGGAGCCGUUGAUCAAUACGCUGAUUUCCGGACUGGCGCAUCCACUCAUACAUCUCGGCUACGCAUACGAACUCCAAUCGAAGACCGUGGCCAUCGAAGCCCUAGCUCUCGGUGCAUGUUUCUACAGCCCCCUCCACAAAUAUAUUGACGACCCCAAAUACACAAAGCCCAGCCCGCACGGCACUCCUGGAGGAGCAACAAACCUCAUCGAACUACUGCACAAAGUCAAGGAUGACAAGCGCUUCGAUGGUUUGUACGACCACCGCAGCGGCGACAUCAACAAAGUGUUUGAGCAACGCGAAGAAGCCUUCCUCGAAUACUGGAACGCAUGGGAAAUCGUCGAUCCAAAUACGCAAUUCCACGCUGCACAGCAAACCGCCGUCGCCUUUGUGAUCGGAACGGAAGUGCCAGAGGACACGAAGUUUGAUUUCUUCUUUGUCCACGUGCUGACGAGUAGCCAUGCGAUUCGCAUCUUACUGCCACUAGUGCCGGCCAAGUUCCACGUCAGUCUGUUGAGACAGUGGUGGCUGUUUGCGCUCGCAGUGUAUAUUGCACAGAUGAGGCCGGAGAUUAGCACGGCUGAAGCGGCUGAGGCGUGCGACCGUGAGACCAAGGGCUGGAAGUACGUCGUCCACAAGGCGCUCGACGGGCCAUGGGCUAAAGAUGCGCAUUACGUCAAAGCAUUGCGCGCAAUGAAGGUUGCAGAAGAGACGUGGGAGACGCCUGGCAAGGAAUCAAACUACUGGCUCCAUGCCGCCCUUAGGUUUGCAGAUGAAUUCCAGGGCUGGGGAGGCUUUGGAACCGCAGAGUGUGAAGAGAAUUUGGCGUAUCCUGAGAAACAAUAG